AUGAACGCUUCGACGACUAAUUGCACGACGGGUGAUUUGGACGCCGAUUGCGUGACAGAUUCACUGUUCUUGGAACUUUUUGAUUUCGUUGCAUUGUGUGUCAUAGUUGUGGUGAUAGUAGUCAGCCUGUACAAGUUUGUCCGACGCCGCUGCUUUCCUCCUCCUCCUCCUCCUCCUGAUAAUCAAGAUAAUAACAAUAACCAUACUAGUAGUAACAAUAAUAAUAAUACCGUCGUCGUCGAAGUUAAUCAAGCAGCAGGUAGCGGCGGGUUGAGGAAUACCGUCAGGGUUUUCAAGAAAAGUGGCGAAGAACAAGGAAGAGUAGGAGAUGAAUGUUCGAUUUGCUUAGAAGAGUUGAAGAACGGGGAGGAGUGCUCUUCUCUUGACGUGUGCGGGCAUUUGUAUCACAAGGAUUGCUUUGAGCCUUGGCUCGCUCAAAACCAUGAUUGUCCAUUGUGUCGCGCUUCCGUUCAUACCAGACCGACAACGAUUGAAGAUCCCAAGUUGGCGUGGAUUGAUUCAUUGAUUGUGCAUUACGAGGAUAAGUGGCAAAGAUGUCCAUGUACAGACUACAAAUGGAAAUCCUGCUACACGACAACGACAGCAACACAACAGGUGGCGGGGAGUGAAUUCGGCGACAUCAGCGGCGGCUUCGUCCUCCUCCGCCCAGCAACAGCAACGCGACAGCGGCAGGGAGCAGGGAGCAGUUAUGGUUUGGUAAAAUGGUGCUUCUGUCCGCCUCCUUCUCCUCUUCCACCUCCUCCGCCGUCUCGACGUUUAGGGUAUGGCAUUGUGGUAUUCAAGAGAAGGGGCGAAGAAGAAGAAGAAGAAGUCGAUGAAGAACAAGGAAGAAGAAGAAGCCUGCCGGAGGAAUGCUCAAUCUGCUUGGACAAGUUCAAGGAUGGUGACGUGUGUAGCUCUCUUCUCGUGUGCCACCACUUGUAUCAUAAGGCUUGCUUCGACCCUUGGCUCGCUCAAAACCCUCAUUGUCCUCUGUGUCGCGCCUCCGUUCACUGA